AUGCAGGUCUCCCUUACCCUGAAGUCAAAUAGCAGUCACUGGGAACAGAAUGGCCAUCCAGGAUUGGCAGUAGGAAUAAUCUUCUCAUUACAGACUGUAGUCGGAGUUCUGGGGAAUGUCUCUCUUCUUCUCCAUUAUCUCAUCCUUUACUUCACAGGAUGCAAGUGUAGGUCCACAGAUUUGUUUAUCAAGCACCUCUCUGUUGCCAAUGUGUUGGUCAUUCUCUCUAGAGGAGUCCCCCAAACCAUGACAGCUUUGGGGAUGAAGAAUUUCCUAGAUGAUAUCGGGUGCAAGCUUGUAUUCUAUGUGCACAGAGUGAGCAGAGAUGUGUCCAUUGGCAGCACCUGCCUCCUGAGUGUCUUCCAGGCCAUCACCAUCAGUCCUAGACACUCCAGGUGGAUGGAGCUUAAAAUAAAAUCUCCCAAGUAUGUUGGCCCCUCCACUAUUCUCUGCUGGAUCCUGAACAUGGCACUAAAUGUUGUAGUACCUGUGUAUAUGACUAGCAACAGGAGUGGCAAAAACCACACCAAAAAAACCAAUUAUGUCUAUUGUUCUACUGGACCUAAGGAGAAAACCGCAAACUCCCUAUAUGUAGCACUGGUGUUCUUCCGUGAUGCUCUCCAUUUGGUGCUCAUGCUUGGAGCCAGCUGCUCCAUGCUUUCCACCCUGUACAGGCACAAGCAGGAAGUCCAGUACAUCCACAGGAAUAAUUUGACCCCCAGUUCCUCUCCUGAGUCCAGAGCUAUGCAAAGCAUCCUCGUCUUGGUGAGCAUUUUUACGUCUUUGUGCACCCUCUCUUUCAUCUUUCAUGUUUGUUCCACUGUCUUAAGAAAUCCCAGUGUGUGGCUCCUGAACACCUCUGCACUAAUUGCUGGAAGUUUCCCCACUGUGAGCCCCUACAUUCUCAUGAGCUAUGACGCCAGAAUAUCCUGGCUCUGCUUUGGUUGGAUAAGGGAUACAAAAUGCUCCAAACUUAUUAUAGGUAUGUAA